AAAGAUCAAAGUCUGGAACUAAACUUUGUGGGCUGAUAUUCUUUUAUUUAAUCGUCAUGGUAGUAGAGAUUGUUGGAGGUCUUGAAGCCAACAGUCUUGCAGUACUUACUGAUGCAGCCCAUCUGCUGAGUGACAUUGCAGGAUUUUCAAUUUCUCUUUUUACUGUUUGGGCGUCUGGAUGGGAGGCGACGUCACAACAAUCAUUUGGUUUCCACCGUCUUGAAGUUCUGGGGGCGUUUUUGUCUGUGGAGCUCAUUUGGUUCAUAUCUGGGACCUUAAUAUAUGCAGCAGUUGAAAGAAUGUUUCAUAAAAAUGAGAUGGUAAAUGGAAAGCUCAUGUUUGUUGUCGCUGCAUUCGGUUGUUUCAUCAACCUUGUAAUGGUGCUCUGGCUUGGUCAUGGUCAUGAUCAUGGUCACGUGCAUAGUCACCAUCACGGUCAUGAUCACAAUCACGAUCAUCCUCACACUGAAUGUACUGAAGAAGAGAUUAAAACUCUGGUGCCAAAUUCCCCGGUGAAGACCAGAAAACGAAAUUUAAAUAUUCAAGGGGCUUACUUGCAUGUCAUUACUGAUCUGAUUCAGACCAUUGGGGUAAUGGUUGCUGGCUUAAUCAUAUGGGCAAAACCUGAAUGGAUAGUGGUUGAUCUAAUCUGUACACUCAUCUUCGCAAUUGUGGCUCUAAGUACUACUUUGCCCAUGCUGACAAAUAUAUAUUGCAUUUUGAUAGAAAGUACACCAAGUGAGAUUAACAUUGAUCGUCUCGAGCAUGAUCUUAAAUAUAUGGAAGGAGUUAAAGAUGUCCAUGAUAUGCAUGUCUGGUCAAUCACAGUAGGGAAAAAUGUAUUAGCCUGCCAUGUAAUAGUUGAGGCCGGAGUUAGUUCAAACGAAUGCAUUCACAGACUGACGGAUUACUGUCAAACAGUAUAUGGUAUUCAACAUGUAACUAUUCAAAUUGAAGAAGGCUGAAAUUGAAACUUGUUAGUCAUCUUCUAUUUUUCCUUGCUAGAAAUGAAUGUAAGUCUGAUAUUUAUCA